UUCAUGCGGUCAUCAGAGACGGUCUGCCGCUGCAGCAGUUUUUGAACGUGUUUACUUUAUGCAGUAGAAAUGUCUUUGAAGACAGUGGGCACAGCUUUGAGCCGCACUCUGUGGACUGGAGGAAAUAGGACUCCUCCUGUUGCUAGAGCCACUAAAGUUAACAGACUUUCUACCUCAAGCAGGGUGCCUGGAGGAAGACAGCAGGGCACCGAAAAAACAAAAGAGCAAAGUUGCGGCUCGGACCCAGACAGGCCGGGUGACGACGUGCAGCCACUCAGCGAGUCUCCUCACAGAUGUACGACUGGGGAGAAGAAGAGAUCCAAGGAGCCUGUGCGCGCUCCUGGUGUUACCGGUGUAAGAAGGCGCUCAUACACUUGCACCGCAGCUCCGGUGGACCAGAAGUCCUACCUGUGGGCUCGUUACAAUGACAUGAAACGGCUGGUUCACGACCUGAUCCCACCAGGUGCGUGUAACCUCCUUAACUCCUCCACCAUCUACGCCAACAACGAGGUCAACCUGGCUGAAGUGGACAUCUACGGCUUUGACUACGACUACACGCUGGCUCUGUACUCCAACGCACUCAACACAAUGAUCUACAACACAGCCAGAAGCUUCCUGAUUGAACACUUCAAGUACCCUGAGGACAUCUCCAAAUAUGAUUACAUCCCCAACUUUGCUGCUCGGGGUCUUCACUAUGACAUCCAAAAGGGUCUUCUGAUGAAGAUAGAUGCCUUCCAUUACAUCCAGCCAGGAACAGUGUAUCGGGGCCUGAGCCCGGUGCCAGAUGAGGAGGUCCUCCAGCUCUUUGGGGGGACUUACCAUGUCCCCCUGCAGCAGGACAGUGGCUUCUAUGGAAAGGGACCAAAGGUGAAGCAGUUCAUGGACAUCUUCUCCAUCCCCGAGAUGACUCUCUUGGCUGUGGCGAAUGAUUUUUUCAUCACCAAUGACAUUGAAUAUGAUCCGGUUCACCUCUUCAAGGACGUCUCAGAAGCAAUUGGCAUGGUUCACCUCAAAGGCUACAUGUACAAAUGGGUCAUGCAAGAUCUGAAUAAGUUCAUUCUGAGAGGAGAGGAAACAGAUGCUGUUUUACACCGACUGGUCAAUCAAGGAAAGAAACUCUUCCUCAUCACCAACAGCCCCUUUAGCUUUGUGGAUAAAGGGAUGAUUCACAUGGUGGGAAAAAACUGGAGAGACUUCUUUGACGUUGUCAUUGUACAGGCAGACAAACCUCACUUCUUCACGGACUGUAUCAAACCUUUCAGACUCCUGGAUGGUAAUGGAGACCUUCGCUGGGAAAAGAUAAAAAGUUUGGACAAAGGGAAGAUCUACAAACAGGGAAACCUGUUUGACUUUCUUAGACUGACAGGCUGGCGAGGAUCAAAAGUUCUUUACUUCGGAGACCAUCUUUAUAGUGACUUGGCUGACCUGAUGUUGCGACAUGGCUGGCGUACGGCAGCCAUAGUACCUGAGCUGGAGCAGGAAACCAAAGUGGUGAGCACAGACCGGUAUGCUCAGAACCUCACCUGGCUGCAGGCUCUGACCGGCCUGAUGGAGCGUCUACAGACACAUCGGGACCUGGACUCUAAACAAGUUUUUCAGGAAUGGCAGAAAGAAAGAGAAGAACUCAGGGUAAUGACAAAGAACUUGUUCAACCCUCAGUUUGGCAGCAUCUUCAGAACAUGCCACAACCCCACCUACUUCUCCAGACGUCUGUGUCGUUUCUCAGAUGUCUACAUGGCCUCCCUGAGCUGUCUUUUGAACUAUGACCUCUCGUACACUUUCUACCCCCGCCGCACCCCUCUGCAGCACGAGGCUCCUCUGUGGAUGGAUCAGCUUUGCACAGGCUGCAUGAAGACACCUUUUCUGGAGGAGAUGUCUCACAUACGAUGAGAGCUGUGCUCUCCUCAGUGACUGAUAGGAUUUCAUAUUUUAGGCCUGGUGAACACUUGAGAUAGAUUGAGGAUUUGUCUCAUAUAGCAGGGUUUCUUUGUUGCCAAGAGGGUGCUCAACAUCUCCUUCUACAGAGCUAAGCAAUCCUGUUCCACGUAGUGACCCACUUACCCAGUGAAUUCACUAGAGGGUGCUGUAGAAUUAUCUGCUGUCUGGAUAGCAUGCAAUUCAGUUAAACAUGUGGUACAAGACUGACAGACACUCUGAUUUCUCCCUCAGUCAAAGUGUUAUGGAACUGCUGAUCAAUAUUGAGCUACAGUCGCACAAAUACAACAAAUAAAGAAUUAAAAUCUGA